UUGUUAUGCAUGGAGUGGCUGAUCACACAAUAAAAGCACUUUCUCCCUCGACAGUUUUGCGAUGGCACGGAAAACGACCUUCAAGGCUCCCACUUUCACUUCUACUUCCACCAGAGCCCCCACAUUCUGCGCAAUAACUCGCCCGCACUGAGCGCAGGCUAAAUACCUUGGCCCGGCGAGGCAGCAGAGCGCGAGGGCGCGGUACCGGAAAGCAAUAUGGCUUUCGUGGGCAAUGUCUUUCACAACUACGACUCCACGGCAGAGCGAUCUGGAGUUCCAGAUGCAUCGGGCUUAGCCUUCCACCGACGAGGGAGCGUUCCUCACGAAGAAGCUGAAGAAAUCACAUCCGGCGGAAUGUUCAACAGACGAAGAUCAUCAGCAGCUCGAGCUGAGCGGCCGGAAGUUCACCGAAAUCCGAGUGCGGCCCUUCACGAUCUCGAGAAGGGCGAUGCAGUGGAACCAUACGAAGACUCCACGCCGGAGCGCAAAGGCGAAUCAGACUCAGAAUCCCAAGGCUCCGCCGACAAAAAAAUAAACAGACUCGCUCGAACAAUCACAAACUGGAGUCAAGUCCCGUCAAAUCCUUUCGAAGCCGAGAAGGAUUCCGAGCUGGAUCCGCAGUCAUCGAACUUCCGGGCAAGAUCAUGGAUGAAGAGUGUCCUCAAAUUGAGCAAGGAGGAGGGAGGCAAAGAACGAACUGGAGGAGUCGCGUUUCGCGGUCUCAGUGCACAUGGUUGGGGCUCAGGCACAGAUUAUCAAAAGAAUGUCACAAACGUGCUGCUAGAGGGAGUCGGAAUGGUCAAGUCGCUGCUUGGGCUGGCCAAGCCAAACCGAAUCGAUAUCCUUCGCGACUUUGAAGGUCUAGUGGAGAGUGGAGAGAUGCUCGUCGUCCUCGGCCCACCUGGUUCUGGCUGCUCGACGUUCUUGAAGACGAUGACCGGAGAGGUUCACGGCUUCGAAGUGGAUUCUCAAUCAUACCUGAACUACCAGGGUGUACCAGCGAAGGAGAUGCACAAAUACUUCCGUGGUGAAGCUAUCUAUACCGCAGAGGUGGAUGUGCACUUUCCUAUGCUCACUGUCGGAGACACUCUCUAUUUCGCUGCCAGGGCCCGAGCUCCGCGGGAGACCCCAGGAGGCGUCAGCAAGCAUGCUUGGGCUGAACAUCUUCGCGAUGUGGUGAUGGCCGCCUUCGGUAUCAGCCAUACCAUCAAUACUCGCGUUGGAAACGACUUCAUCCGCGGCGUCUCAGGUGGUGAGAGAAAGCGUGUUUCCAUCGCGGAGGCUGUCCUGAGUGGUGCACCGCUGCAGGCCUGGGACAACUCCACCCGUGGUCUGGACUCCGCCAACGCAAUCGAGUUCUGUAAGACUGUACGUCUCAGCGCCGAGCUCGCAGGCUGCGCUGCUAUGGUAGCCAUCUAUCAAGCACCUCAGUCUGCCUACGAUCAAUUCGACAAAGCGAUCGUGCUCUACGAAGGACGGCAGAUUUUCUUCGGACGCACUACCGAGACACGAGCGUACUUUGAGAACAUCGGAUUCCAGUGCCCUGAUCGCCAGACUACAGCCGAUUUCCUGACAUCUAUGACAUCUGCUCAGGAACGUGUUGUCCGCCCUGGAUGGGAGAAGAGAGUGCCGAGGACGCCAGAUGAGUUCGCUGAAGUGUGGAAGAACAGUCCUGAGCGAGCGCAGUUGCUCAAAGACAUCGAUGCUUACGACAAGCGCUUCCCAUUCAAGGGAGAGGCCUACCAACAAUUCGUCGACAGCCGCAAGCAACAACAAGCCAAGGGUCAGCGCAUCAAGUCGCCUUUCACGCUAUCCUACACACAACAAGUCCAGUUGUGUCUCUGGCGUGGCUUUCGUCGAUUGACAGGUGAUCCGGAACUCACCUUCACCCAACUCUUCGGAAACUUCAUUAUGGCUCUCAUUCUCGGUUCGGUCUUCUACAACAUGUCGUACGAUACGAACUCCUUCUUCUCACGCGGCGCAGUCCUGUUCUUCGCCGUCUUGAUCAACGCUUUCGGCUCGGCUCUCGAAAUUCUGACUCUCUACGCACAACGUCCAAUCGUGGAAAAGCAUGAUCGCUACGCCUUCUACCACCCUUCUGCGGAAGCAUGGGCCUCGAUGCUUACGGACAUGCCGUACAAGUUCAUCAACGCCUUCACCUUCAAUAUCCCACUGUACUUCAUGGUGAAUCUGAAGCGAGAGGCGGGCGCAUUCUUCUUCUUCCUUCUGGUAUCCUUCCUCACCACCGUGACGAUGAGUAUGCUGUUCCGAACGAUCGGAUCUGUAUCUCGAACGCUGUCUCAAGCCAUGGCUCCCGCUGCAGUCAUCAUGCUGGCCAUCGUCAUUUUCACUGGUUUCGCGAUUCCGACCGAUUACAUGCUGGGAUGGUGCAGGUGGAUCAACUACAUCGAUCCUGUUGCUUACACAUUCGAGUCACUUAUGGUCAACGAAUUUGCCGGAACCGAAUACGCGUGUUCAGCCUUCGUUCCAGCUACUUAUGGUAGUCUACAGGACGGAUCUCGAGUUUGCUCAUCUGUUGGCUCGGAAGCUGGCCUCGAUGUUGUUCAGGGCACUGUAUACCUGGAGUCCGCCUUCGCGUACUACCCCUCGCACAAGUGGAGGAACGUCGGAAUCAUCAUCGCGUUUGGUAUUGGUCUUAUGGGCGUGUACUUGACUGCCGUUGAAUUCAUCCAGGCGAAGAAGUCCAAGGGCGAAGUUCUCGUCUUCCAGCGAGGACACAUUCCCGCCGCGCUCAAGGAGAAAGUUGCGGACGAGGAGAGCGUGCCCGCUGGGCGCGACGCCAAUGCUCUGACUCAGACCGCCAGCUAUACUGAGGCAACCGAUAUCAUCCAGAAGCAGACAGCGAUCUUCUCGUGGAAAAACGUCUGCUAUGACAUCAAAAUCAAAGGCCAAGAUCGUCGCAUUCUGGACCACGUCGAUGGUUGGGUCAAGCCUGGCACUUUGACUGCCCUUAUGGGUGUAUCUGGUGCCGGUAAGACGACACUUCUUGAUGUGCUUGCCACUCGUGUUACAAUGGGUGUCAUCAGUGGUGAUAUGCUCGUCGACGGAAGGCAGCGCGACUCCUCUUUCCAGCGCAAGACCGGUUACGUUCAGCAACAAGAUCUGCAUUUGUCUACCACGACUGUGCGCGAGGCGCUUGAGUUCAGUGCACUCCUGCGUCAGCCAAGGUCGACACCACGUUCAGAGAAAAUUGCCUACGUGGACGAAGUCAUCAAGCUCCUCGACAUGCAAGAAUACGCCGACGCUGUUGUCGGUGUUCCUGGCGAAGGUCUCAACGUGGAACAACGCAAGCGUCUUACUAUCGGUGUCGAGCUCGCAGCGAAGCCACAACUGCUUCUCUUCCUCGAUGAACCUACUUCCGGACUUGACUCUCAGACAUCCUGGGCUAUUUGCGAUUUGAUGGAGAAGCUCAAGAACUCCGGACAGGCCAUUCUGUGCACCAUUCACCAGCCUUCAGCUAUGUUGUUCCAGCGCUUUGAUCGACUUCUCUUCCUCGCAAAGGGAGGCCGCACUGUCUACUUCGGCGAGGUCGGCACCAACUCCAACAUCCUUUCCAACUACUUUGAGCGCAACGGUGCUAAGCCUUGUCCAAAGGAUGCUAACCCUGCCGAAUGGAUGUUGGAAGUAAUUGGCGCGGCUCCAGGCUCUUACACCGAAAUCGACUGGCAUCAAGUCUGGCGGGACAGUCCAGAGUAUGAGCAAACACACAAGGAACUGGAGAACAUCCGCAUCACUCGAUCUUCACAACCAACCGAAGCUGCUCCAGGUGCCAAUGACCAGGACAGCUACCGAGAGUUCGCCGCACCUUUCGGUCAACAGACCUUUGAAGUGACCAAGCGUGUGUUUGCUCAAUACUGGCGCACACCUUCUUACAUCUGGUCCAAGACUGCACUGUGUGUCGGUGCGGCGUUGUUCGUUGGUUUCAUCUUCUUCAAGGCACCGCUUACCCAACAAGGUCUGACGAACCAAAUGUUCUCGAUUUUCAUGAUCUUUACGGUUUUCGGACAGCUGGUUUCGCAGAUUAUGCCUCACUUCGUCACACAACGAGCUCUGUACGAGGUUCGUGAGCGUCCUUCCAAGACUUAUAGCUGGCAGUCGUUCAUGAUCGCCAACAUCGUCGUCGAACUUCCUUGGAACUCCCUGAUGGCUGUCCUGAUGUACUUCUGCUACUACUAUCCCGUCGGAUUGUACGGCAAUGCCGGAGGCGAAGUCGCUGCUCGAGGAUUCACCUUCUUCUUGUUCAUGUGGCAGUUCCUGCUCUUCACUUCGACUUUCACGACCAUGGUCAUCGCUGGAAUGAGCUCUGCUGAGACUGGAGGCAACAUCGCCAACUUGAUGUUCUCCCUCUGCUUGAUCUUCUGUGGUGUCCUUGCAGGACCUGAUGUCCUACCUGGCUUCUGGAUCUUCAUGUACCGCGUCUCGCCAUUCACCUACCUGGUCAGCGGCCUGCUCUCUACUGGUAUCGCGAACACCAACGUGCAAUGCGCUUCCAACGAGUUCCUCCGAUUCAACGUGGGAGAAGGCUUCAGCAAUUGCGGCGACUACCUCCAGCAGUACAUGAACGAUACAUUCAACGUCGGAUACCUCAGGGAUCCGUCUUCGACUUCGCAGUGCGAAUACUGCACAUACAGCGACUCGAACACCUUCUUGACAGGCGUCAGCAUCAGCUACGGCGACAGAUGGCGAAACUUUGGCAUUCUGUGGGUGUACAUCAUUUUCAACACCGGCGCUGCUGUCUUCCUGUACUGGUUGGCGAGAGUACCAAAGCAAUCCAGAAAGGCCCGCAAGGAGGCCGAGGAAGCGAAGCAGCAGCAGCUACAGCAGCAGCAAACCUCGCAGGUCGCGGAAGAGAAGACUGCGUAAUUUGAUGUGAUGAUGAAGUUUAUUUUGGUUCUGGUAGCUUUUUGAGCGCUGUACAGGUUAGCAUAGAGGCCUCUAGUGAUGGCCUAGAUAGAUGCAUAGGAUGCAGAAGGCAACUUUAAUCGCUGAAUUCAAUUUCAAGACUCAUGCUCAGCAGAACAUUGAGCCUACUUUCGCGACCGA